UUACAGCCAUAGCCUCGCGAUAUUUGUUGAUGAGCCACAUUACAAGGUCAGUUACACAUGUGAGUCGUGUCUACUUAAGAAGCACUUUCUAGAGAACUCCACGGACAUUUUCUACGCGUUUUUAUCAACUUUGGGUUUUUUUGCAUAAUUUGUGACCGAUUUGAACAUGGCAAGAGGCAGCCGUAGCCGUCCUUCUGCACCUGCUCCUGCCAGCCCUCCUCCAUCUUACCACCCACCCGCUCCAUCUCACCCCCCAGCCUCCUCUUUGGCACCAGCUCCAGCUCCGUCUCAGGGCCCAGGACUUAUGGCCCAGAUGGCGACUACCGCAGCUGGAGUGGCAGUGGGGUCGGCUGUGGGGCAUGUGAUGGGGAGUGCCAUCACUGGAGCCUUCAGUGGAGGCAGCAGCAGCAGCAGCAGCAGCCCAGAGCCAUCCCGACCAACAUACCAGGAGCCACCACGGGCAGCUCCUGCUCAGCCUGGGCCCUGUCACUUUGAGGUGAAGCAGUUUUUGGACUGUGCCACGACUCAGAGUGACCUGAGUCUGUGUGAAGGUUUCAGCGAGGCGCUCAAACAGUGCAAGUUCUCUCACGGUGUGACUUCACUGGUUUGACGCUUACAUCACUGGACUAUUGUCUGUUUCCACUGAAGCUUGUUGUCCCUAACUCUUUAGCAGAUCAGAGCUGGCCCUUAGUCACAUAUGUUCUGUGGAUCAGGAUCAGAUACCUGCAGGCUGCUGCUCAGAGAUUGAGUUUGAAGAUUGUGAAAUGUAUUUUCUUAAAGUAACAAAUAAAUUAAGUUAUUAAUUCUUUCAUAA